AUGACGAACCCAUCUCAGCUAUUCCUACUCGCCGAUCACAUCAAACUAUCACUCUUGGAGCGAGAGCGGGCGAUUUCACUAGACCUCGAGCCCAAUUCUCAAGAUGGGGAGAUUUCCCGCUCCCUCGAGUCCCUUCGGGAGGGCAUAGAGGCCGUGAAAGCCGAUCAAACCCGGCUAGCGAUUGCGCACGACAGCGCAGGCGCCGCCGCCCUCAAAGACCAACUUGGCCCCCUCCAAGCCCAAUACCAAGACCUGUCAACCCAGUUCCACGGCGCAGAUGUCGACCCAACGAACACCUCGACGCAGGCGUCGAAAUCCGCAACCCCCGAUCUCAAGCAGCCGAUCCCCCAACACCCUACUUCCAAAUCCGUCCGGUUCAUGGACAACUCUGCCGCUACCGCUGCCGUGCAAGAAGAAAUCGACGAGGAGGAAGAUCGCGACCGAAACACCCUCUUCCGUCCGUAUCGCGAUCAGCCAUCGCCGCCACGUCCGGACCAGUCUGGUAUGGACAAUCAACAAAUAUACGACCAUCAUGCCCAGACUAUGCGCGACCAGGAUGACCAGUUAGAUCGACUCGGUGAGUCGAUCGGAAGACAGCACCAAUUGAGUAUUCAGAUUGGAGACGAGCUGGACGGUCACGUUCAACUGCUGGACGGGAUGGAGGGAGACGUUGAGCGUCAUCAGACUCGACUGGAUGGUGCCAGGCGGCGCAUAGAUAGGAUCCGUCGGAAGGCUGGUGAGAACUGGAGUAUGAUGACUAUCAUUGGAUUGAUCAUUGUUCUGGUCAUCUUGAUUGUGAUUUUGAAAUGA